UACUUACUGCGCAUGCGCGUGUCACGGACGAUCACAUCGGAGAUUUUUCCAAUCAAGCUCGUGACAGAAACACAAACUCUAAACUAAAAUUGAUUUUGUGUCUUUUGUGAACACAACUCGAAGUAAAGUGAUUUAUUUGGUGUCUAACUGCUGCCUUCGGAGUCUCGAGUGGUGGAAAAGCGGAAAAGAAGUACUUUCCCCUUAACUGACUCCAGCCUCAUGGAUUACUACAGCCGGCUUCCAAGGCGACGCCACAACCCGGUGGACAGCAUCUGCCGCAAGCUGCAGACCAUUCGCUGGCGCGGUGACCGCGAGCCCAAUUCCCCCUUCCAGAUCCCCAAGCUCUCCUCCAGGAGCUUCGACAGUCCGCAGUGCGGCCUCAGGCGCAACCUGGAAGCCAUCCUGAAGAAGGGCGCCCGCUGCAAAGACCAGCAUCAGAAGAUGCCCAGCUCUGCUCAUCCCCAGAACAACAACAUGGGUCCCCCUGUGCCGCCCUGCACCCCCGCGAGCCCCUCCCCCACGCCGGCCAACGUCACCUACACCAUCACCAGCACCUUUGGCAGUGACGUGAAGCCCUUCAAAGCCUGGCAGAGGUACUGCUCCACCCCCUUCGGCCACUCCAAAGACUCCCCUUCCUCGGUGUUCACUGGCAGCGGCGCCCAGACUGAGUCCAGCGAGAGCCCGCCGCUCUCUUGCACCUUCACCCCCAUGCCCAGUACCAGCACCAGCACCAGCACCAGCACCAGAUCCUACUGCCUCAACUUCAGCUCUGCCAACACGGGGAACUCCUCAGACUCGGACCUGCCCUAUCCUGCCCUGGUAGUCAAAAGACUGUCCCUGGGAGACGGAGGAGACGCCAACAACAUGGCAGAAGUCAGCCUCAUCUGCGAAGAGAAUCUGCUGGACACCAUCUUCCACGCCUGCGACACGCAGCGCAGAGGCAAGGUGUACGUGUCUCACAUCGUGGACUACCUGCGACACACCACCAGCCGCCACCCUGAGGACAGUGGACUGGAGGAUCUCUGCAACAUGCUGGACCCCGAGCGCAAAGAUGUCUCCAUCGACCUGGACACCUACCACGCCAUCAUGAGGGAGUGGAUAGAUGACUGCCGCAACAACGGGGAAGAAGAAGAAGAAGAAGCAGCAGAAGAAGAAGAUGUUACCCGGGACUCCAUCAAACUGAGGGACACUCUUUCUGCCAAGAGGUCAAUGAUGCUCAACAUGACGUCUGGAAGCUUGGAGGGGUUUGGAGGGGAUGCCUCAAGAGCCGAAUUCGAAACGUCGGAGCUGGUCUGCUGCGUGGCCGACCUCCAGAUGGGCAACAAGAAGCUCCAGGAGGAGGUGAAGAAGCUGAAGCAGGCGGCGGAGGCCAUGGAGGAGAGCAACCUCCGUCUGGCGGAGGAGAACCAGGAGCUGCGCGGCCAAGCCCGAGUGCACCAGCAGGCGGCCAGCACGGAGAAGAUGCUGAAAGAGGAGGUGGAGGAGAUGAAGGCCACUCUGAGCUGCACAGAGGAAGGCAGAGCUCGCGCCUCCGCACACUGCAAACACGUGGAGAAAGAAAAGCAAGGUCUGAUGGCCGACGUUGCAUCUCUUCAAGAGGAGAACUACAAGGUCAGCGUGGCCAUGGACAAGCUUCACAAGAGGAUAGCAGAGCUGUGUGACCUCAACGCUGACCUUCAGCUGCAGGUUCAUUCUUCUGACGCCGCCAUGGGGGAGAAGGAGGCUCUAAUACGAGAGAAGAGCAGGCAGAUAGACGAGCUGAAGGCAGCAGUGGAAGAAUACUCCUCCAUCACAGAGCUGCUGAGGGCGGACAAGAGCAAGCUGGAGACUCAGAUGCAGAUGAUCCAUCCUGACCUGGCCGGUGCAGGAGUAUCUCUCUCCGUGGCCUACAGGUUGAACCAGAGCCCCUGUGGAUCCCUGCAGACUGAACUGGCCCUGGCUCAGUCCCCACUGGAGUCCGUGGAUCACUUCUCCAGCGGCGUGAGCUUCGCCUCGCCACUGGACCAGACGCUGGACAGGGAGGUGCUCCUGAUGAUGCGGGGAUCCAGUCCUGACCGCAUGGCCCUGGAGUUCAAGACCCUCGUGAAGACACUGAAGACAGACUUCAGUCACCACACCAGCGCUGUCCUGUCCUCGGUCAAAGCCUUGGUGGACGAGGGCCACGCGGACGCUGGCCUUCAGGCCCAGCUGGACGCCAGGCGGGAGGACUGGGCCCUCGGCCUGGACCGGCUCGCUCGCUACACCGACUCCAUCGAGAAGGAGCUGAUCAAAAUGGCGGGUAACUUGAGGAGGUCCCGCACUGAGAUCCUGCACCUUUCCGUCAGGGUGCAGGAGCAGGAGAACCAGAAGCGACAGCUUUGUGAGGAGCUGAAGACCCCUCAGGACAGCAGGGAGGCCUCAUGCCAGACCCCCGUGCCAGAGGAGACCGGGGACGAUCUGGAAUGGGACGAGGAAUACGCCUUGCAAGACUUCCUGAAAAAGGAAAUUGCGGUGAGCAACUGUCGAGUGCAGGACCACGAGAGGGAGAGCAACGCUGAGGGGGCCCCCUUGGAGGAGGACGACGACGCGGAGGAGAAGUGGAUGGUGGUGGACGGCACAGGUGACGGAGAAGUGAGGGACACGUCCACACCCGUGUCUGCAGGUAGAGGAGGGUCCGCUCAGUCCCAGACAGAGGUGAAGCCACACUGUUUGCAGGAGGAGGCAGCGGCGCCAUCAUCAGACGCCCACUCACAAGCUGGCAGCCACCAGCACCUCCAAGCGGACGCCCACUCAGAGGAGCACGACCCACGUGAGACGGCGUUGUCUCAGCCUGCGGAGGCGGUCCAGGACGUGAGCGCCUCACCUGGUCAGGAUCCAGCAGUCCAGCUCUCAGAUGAUGUGACUUUACAGCCAGACAGCGUGCAGCUGACUGGCGAGGACCCCGAGGAGAGCGACGUGACAAAGGUGAGUGACGGAGAGAGCGUGUCGUUCUACGCUGAGAGACACACACACACACUUUAUGAAAGUGCAGCUUAUGUAAGAAUCUUCCACACACUGUGGAGCUCAGAUGAUGUUGCACUGCCGUGGGACAGGUGCGCUUACCUGCAUGUCACCUGUGCUUUUAAUCUGAUGCUUUUUCAGAGCCUGACAACGGACCACUUGACCUCCACGUCAGCAGCAGAGCACACCGCACGCCUGCUUCCUGUGGUUGUCGAGGAGGAAGAGAGCGCGCAGCAGAGCAGCACGGCGGCUCCAACAGAAGCAGGCAGCGCGGCAGGGACAGAGCAGCCCACCGCACUAACUGCCGCGGGCUGUCAGCAGUCGAGCGUGACUCAGAGCAGCCAAUCGGAGAGCGGCAUGGCCAGCAUGACCUCUGACCCCGGCCAAGUGGAAGGCAAAAAGGAGUGGAAUGGGAAGCCUAAGAAUGAACUGGAGCAGUCACAUGACUCUGCAGACGCCCCAAAGGUGGAGGAGAGCAAAGUGGAGGUUCCUGCAGCCCCUGAGAGAGAAGCUGAGUCAUCAACUAUCUGUGACCAAGGUGACGCCUGCAGAGACGACAAGAACAGCCUCUCUGCCAGUGAAAAAGAGAUUGAGACGGAGUUCCAGCGCCUGGCCCUAGGGUUGAAGUGUGACAUGUUCACCUUGGAGAAGAGGCUGCGUCUGGAGGAGAGGUCACGUGACCUGGCUGAGGAGAACGUGCGCAGGGAGGUGUCCAGCUGCCAGGGUCUACUGCAGGCUCUGACCCCACUAUGUGAGGACGACAACCAGUCCAUGGAGAUCAUCCACAGGCUGCAGAAGAACCUGGACAUCCUCAUCCAGUCCAUGACCCGCGUGUCCAGUCGCUCUGAGAUGCUGGGGGCCAUCCAUCAGGAGAGUCGCAUCGGCAAGGCGGUGGAGGUGAUGAUCCAGCACGUGGAGAACCUGAGGAGGGUCUACACCAAGGAGCACGCAGAACUGCUGGAGCUGCGAGAGACGCUGAUGCACAACGAGAGGUCGUUUGGCUCGCACACGGAACGAGACGAGCUGCGCGGCAAGAAGCCCCCGACGUCCCAGUACUACAAGUCGUCCACCCGGCGGGUGAGCAUAGCGGCGAUACCGCGCUCUGCUGCGGGCAACAUGCACUACGACAUGAGCAAACACCAGGAUGGUGCAGACAGUGAGGCAGAAAGAGUGACCAGGAGAGCUCCAUGGAAUGCGGCAGGCAAGAACAUGGCACGCCCCCCACUUAAGCGCUUUGUUAGCUCUGCGGCCUGGGUUGACACCGAGGAGCCCUCUGGCGUGAUGAAGGGGACGGCGCGCCACACCUCGGACCCCCAGUGUGGCGAGGAGCCGGAGGAGCCGGUGGCGGAGAAGAGGAGGUCCAGCCUCAGCGAGCUGGGCAGCAGACUGACCUCCUUCAUUCUGCCGCUCAAGACGAGUGAGGAGGAACUCUUUGUCAUGCUUCCCAGCUCUUCCUCCAGCCCGGCGUCUUCAGACCCAGCCAUAUGCCCGUCUCUGCCCCAGUCCUUGACUUCCUCCCGGGUGGCGACGGCGGCACGGGGCAACCGGGGGCUCUGGCUGUGGUUGGCCAUGGUGCUGGUUCUCGCAGGUCUGGUGGCGCUGUUGGCCAGCCUGGUGAUGCAGCCCGCGGUGGACGCGGCCCCUGUGGGCACCGGGGACUCCUGGAUGACCAUCCAGCAGCUCCUGUGGCCUUACGCCGGCCUGCGGCACAACGGCCAGCCCCCAGUCUAGUCCCGCCUGUGGACCGGGUGCUGCAAGCCUGGUGGGACCCAAACUGCUUGUGGGCGUGGCUAACGCAGAUGGGAGGUUCUCGUUGUCACGAACUAGUUGCCCAACUAGUUUGUGUGUACGGCAAGCAGCUGAGGACAUUUUGUAGUUGCCCAACAUCCUUCACAUCAUCAUGCAGUCGUCAAUCAGUAUUUCUUCAAACUCUAAAUUUAGACUUUUAUUUUGGCGCCACACCAUGGCUUUUUAAACUCAAGUCCUUUUUAUAUCACUUUUUAAGUUAAUAAUAAAAUAUUUUAAAAGAGUGUUUAAUGUAUAUUUAUGACUUUUGGAGUGGGUGACAUGUACAUUUAGAUUUGAACCACCAAAGGUUGUGUUUUGCUGUGAUGGUCACACUUUUGUAAUAUUUCCAAGAAGAUGAUUUGCAUUAAUAAACUAGCCAAUUCUGCAA